GCCUCGCUUCCUCCAUCUCCAGCACUUCUAGCCCUCAUCAAAGUCAGGUCCUGUUUCGCGUUUCCAACUUCGCUGCUUCUCUUUUUGAAAAAAGAAACACCCGAAAGUUAGCGCAUCGUUAAGCUGGACUUUUUUCUUGUGAUCAGAUCAAAGCAAUCUCAACCGUCGGAUUAACCCAUCCAAUUUUUUUCUCUCGAGAAACCCUUCUCUUCCUUUAUAUAAGCCCUCGGCUUUUCUCGCAUUCUCAUCGGAUUAUUUCAUUCUUCUUUAGAUUUGGAAGUCGAAGUUCUCUCUAUAGCCUUUUUCAUCUGUCGUUCUUUAGCCGACGGAUUUUGAUUUUCCUGCCAAAAUUCCGGUCCGGUUUACAAUGGUUUUGCAGAGAGAACAUAGUAAAGCGUAGACGUCUUAGUCUAGCAACUGUCUUUUUGUUUCUUUUUCUUUUUCUUUUUUUCCAAUAAAUGGGCUGCUUUCAAUCUAAAGGAACAAGACAAUACCCCGGAUACGAAGACCCUAUUACUCUCGCUUCACAAACUGCUUUUAGUGUUAGUGAAGUUGAAGCACUCUUUGAGCUAUAUAAGAGCAUCAGCAGUUCUGUGAUUGAUGAUGGGCUGAUUAGCAAGGAAGAGUUUCAGUUAGCUCUGUUUAAGAAUCGAAAGAAGGAAAACAUUUUUGCAAAUCGGAUCUUUGAUUUAUUUGACGCAAAGAAGAAGGGAGUCAUUGAUUUUGGUGACUUUGUUCGAGCACUCAAUGUCUUCCAUCCAAAUGUAUCACAAGAGGACAAGAUGGAUUUUGCAUUUAAACUUUAUGACAUGGAUGGAACGGGCUUUAUUGAGCGUAAUGAGGUCAAGCAAAUGCUGAUUGCGCUUUUAUGUGAAUCUGAAAUGAAGUUAGCUGAUGAAACCAUUGAGGCAAUUCUUGAUAAGACAUUCUUGGAUGCCGACAUUAAUCAAGAUGGAAAGAUAGAUAUGUCUGAAUGGCAAAACUUUGUCUCCCGUAAUCCAUCAUUGUUGAAAAUCAUGACCCUUCCAUACCUCAGGGACAUUACAACAACAUUUCCAAGCUUUGUAUUUAAUUCUGAAGUAGAUGAGGUUGCCACAUGACUGGGGAGUACAUGCUCGGCUUACCAUGUUCAUGCAAUGGGUUGAAAGACAUUUUUUACAUGGUUAGUUGACAUUGAGCGUCUUGACGUUAAGAAAGUUUUCUUGGAUUUUCUUGUAAGGCUAAAGCUAUCAAGUUUGCAAAGGGUGGCCAGCUAAAAUAUAAUUAGGAUUGCUGGUUGAUUGUAUAGGAUUCUAAUUAACCUUUUCAGGUUUUCGCUGUUUUUAAUCACUGAUUUGUAGUGAGGCAAAUUUUCAGUCCAGGGUUAGAUUUGUUUCUAUUGGAUGGAUUGCUCGAAUACUGGCUUUUAACACAUUAGUAAUUACAUGGAUCUAAGAAACAAGGAGGAUCAGAGGAAGUAAAAAAUUAGGAUAGGUUGUGGGGUAAGGGUGUAAUUAAGUCGAUAAGCUGGUAAGCUUGAGUUAGAUUCGAAAAUACUAGUAAGCUUGAGUUUGAUUCGAAAAUUUGAGAUUUGAAGUUUGAUUUGAGCAAGUUUUACUAAAUUGUUUUUGAAUUGAAAACUUGAGGUACGAAGUUGGACUUGAGCAAAUUUUAUUUUUUAUAUUUUUUGAAUUUGAUUUGUAAUUUAAUUGAGAUAUGAAUCUAAUUUGAUAAGUU